UCGAGACAGGCCAUUAGAUAAGAGUAGAAAAUUCAAUUUGAAUGUGUUAAAUUAAACAAAAAACUUGGUUUUCUUUUUAGAAAAUGGCAGGCAGCGAUGUUCUGAUUGUGUCACCAACGAACGUGAAGUUUCAGGCUCCAUUUCCACAUUUGCAGAAGCGUCAACUGAGCCUGCUUAAUCUGGGCGCUCAGCCCAUGGUAUACUUAAUUGACAUUGCGAAUGAGGCACUAUUCCAAGUGUUCCCCUCUAGCGGCAAGGUGGCUGCCUUCGACACCACCGAGCUAAGCAUUUUAAUGCAGCCUGCAGCCAGAGAUCAGCCGAGCUGUAAUUUAACAGUCAAGUACAAAGUCAAGUCAUUCCCAGCUGAGCAUUCGGAGGAGGCAGACCCUGCAGAGGAUUGGACGCACGCACACACAACUGUAGUAUGCAUUGCGCUGGAGAAUUUCGUGGAGAAUGAGAAGGAAUUGCUCAAUAUGUUUGGCUUAGACGGAAAUGCCAAGACCCUCAUCAAACUCAUGGAAGAGCAGUAUCAGCCCCUGUGCAGCAAGUGCAGCCUAAAGCGUAUCCAUCGACCUCCCAACAAACGGAGCUGGCUUAGCCGCAUGUCGUGGCCGCUGCUGCUGGUCUUGCUGUCGGUCUUGGUUUACUUUGGCUGGGAGUGGCUUGGACUGCUCAAUCUCGACUCGGAGAUGGUCUACUGAGAGGGAGAUUAGGAUCGUGGAUCGGUCACAAUAAUGCAAAUCAAUAUUAAAUUAUACAAAUAGAAAACUA